AUGGAAAACCUAGUAUCUGAGAGCUCAUUGAAGCCUUCCGUUCGACCACAUAGUAUGGACAAACCUAUGGUCUCUCAAAGGGUGGCGGACUUUGGUUUAAAAUGUCCAUCAACUGGCGGUUUUUUUGAGAGCACUGUGCUAAAUUCUCAAUUAAAUGGUUGUGUAAAUAGUGCAUCCAUUCUGCUUGAGCCCAGUGAAUACUUCUUUGAUGAUGAUUUUGCUGUUCCAUUUGAUGCCAAUUUACGUGACGAAUCAUCCCUACCUCAACAAGGUCUAAAUGAUGAAAGUGACGAGGGCAUAUCGUCUUCCGGAACUGUCAAGCGUGGUGUAUUAGCGCCUCAUCAUUCACGCUCUGAUUCCUGCUUAUUCACCCAGCCGGAUUCUGCUGAUUGCGGCAAUGAUGGCGCAGAUGCUCAAGUUGGGCUUCGAUUCGAGUCGUCAAUUAUUUCUGCUUGUAAACGUUCACAGAACGCUAGCUGUUGUCCAGAUAGCACAAGUGCGCCCGAUACUACUCGAUAUGUUGCGCGCAUUCAUCGCACAGCCUCAGCCGAUUUUUCAGCGGCCCCAUAUGACAUGAGUGGAAUCGACAAGCUGUUUGAUAAUUGUACAGUAACAUUUAGUGAACUUCAACAACCUCCGAUAUACGCACCUUCAUCCGUGACUGGAAGUUGGAUGCAAGCAAUGUUAGAGGGUUCUUGUCCUCGGUUGAAGGAACUUCUUAGACGCACUGCUGAGGCGUUGGAUUAUAGGCUCGCUUGGGGAGAAAUUCAAACUGGACUCGAUGAUGGAGGUGUUGUCCCAACGGGUGGGAACUCAAGGAGGAUCGGUAAAAUACAGCGAUCAACAAGCCAUGGCAAUAUUUUUACGACUGCUAGUCUCACAGGAAUGAGGCGCGCGUUGGCUAACAUUAAGCUAAUAUCUCCAAAGAAGUAUCGGUCUGUUGGUGUUUCGACGUCUGAAUGUGGUUGUGGUGAAUCUUCGAUGCCUGACACGACAACAGCCACAGCGACAACAACUUGGGCUCGAAUUCGGACCAGUCGGGAAUCACUGAAUGUCAGAAAGACUGCUUUGUUUAGCAACGCCACAGUUAUACCCUCUCCGCCAAAAUGUACGAAGCCAAACGUUCCCGAAUCUGUUGUCACAUGGAGAGCCAUUAAAGAGGCUGCUGGAAGUGGACUCACGACUUGGGGGCAACUUAAGCGCACUGCUUCGCAUGCGUCACACAAAACGCAGAAAUCUUUUUUGAAAAAGAAGUAUACUUCUAAUUUGCAUGCUUCGUUGAUGCCGCCAAAUCCCGAUUUUUCUCUCAGAUCUGCCUCACAGAAGGCUAUGCAUAGGUAUUCAGGCACUCUUUUGGAGAUAUUCAUGCGGGCUCGUGCCAGAGAUCUUAUUUAUAGCUCCUGCCCGUCCUCCACUGGUACUGAUGUGGCCACCGAGGAAGGCUCCUGUUCGGAAAAAAGAUCAGGGACAAUACUCAGGGGUGAUAAUAGCUUUGCGAACUUCUCCCUUCAGACGAAUGGUUUGUUGUCUCUUGAUGCGGAGACUGGAUCCACAGAUGAUGCAGUUGAGAAAUCUAGCGAAGCCCUUCUCAGAACUGGGGUUUCUCCCCCUAAAAUCUCCCAGCCACCAAGUGUUCCGCCGAGAAAAUCUAGCAUUGGGUCCUUGCGGCGUCUGCUUUACGUUAAUCGUUCCGGUACGACUUGCUUCACAUCUCAGCAUAACACAGAGCUACCCGAUUUUAACCUUUUGACCAUGUCCGCUGAUCCGGAGUCUGAGUGUAUGUCUCGUUUGAGGGAGGCUUCGAACUUUUACCGCAUAAAGAAUCCGCGCGCAGCCAUAGUUUAUCCAGUUUUGGGAAAGUUGGCCAUUCCGAAACCAUCGCGGAUCGAAAGUAACACUUUUCUCUCCCAAACUCUGCCAGAUCUUUCCCUACUUGGGAGAGCGGCGGCGCAGGAAGCGAAAUCCGGCACACCGAUGACCCGAGUUCCCACUCUGUCGUAUGGGUCACGUAGAUCUGCAUCUCUAGCUCCUAUGUCAGGGCGAGAAGCUGGGAUUUUAGCGGCAAAUCGUCGCGCAAAUUUUAGAAAUGAUCAACCCAAUGAAAUUGAGUCCACUCAACAGAGAAUGAGUGAUUUGUGUACAAAUAGAAAUUUGGAUGUAUUGAACGACGCCCGCCUGGCCAAGAUUAUUGUGAGGAAAUCGCAGCCGCAGGUCGGUGAAAUGGAUCGAUCAGUGUCUGAACCAGAUGUAGUAGACUCUGAGCACAAGCCUUCUCAGGCUUCGAUUCCCAUUUCCUUAAAAAAGGCCCACAAAGUGCAGCCAGCUUCUGGCACUCCUCUCUGUCCUUGCCAGCCAAGUAAUUGUUUGAAUACUGGCCUUCUGAUUUUAGUGAUUCCAAAAAACUGGGGACUGUAUGGCCAAGAUCCUCCCCCACUUGCAGUGUUCCAACCCUCAAAUGACGAUAUAAAUGACGUUUCAAGCACAACCCGUCCCUCAGAUGUGGAUGUACGUUAUCACGGUGAACCCACACUUAGUGCUGAACUUUACCACUAUGGUGACGAUAUUGGUCGGGUAUCCGCGUCUGAUGGUCACCUGGAUUGGCGGGUUGGUAAUGCUUUCAACUUUUGCGGGAAGUUCAAUGGGCAAAACUAUUUACAAUGCUUGUUUUAUCUUACAGCUAUGGUGAUGGACGUGAUAAGGGCGGUACAAGAGACAAUUGCCUACUUCUGCCAUUCGGCGCUAUCCAUAGCCACUCCAGAUGGCAGUAACAUUACCGGUUCUUCCUCCUCUGGGUCUAUCACCUCCAGACCGUUACAUAAUCAGUACCGUUGCUAUUCUUCGCUCGCAGCACUAGGUGGCUCAGGUCGAAGCAGUUUGGUUUCGGUGGUGAACCCUCUCAUGGUCCUCAUCUCAGACGGCCUUCUCCCACCUCAAACGCGUGCCAUUUUUGCGAGCAAACCCAAGUCUCGUAUCUGGGCUUUGGUUGAGGAUAGUUGCAGACCUUCCCCAUAUCUUGGCAAAAUCGAGCAUCAUGUUUUGAACGAGGCUCUUAAUCAGGUCAAAGCCAUUACCGGUGCAAUAAGUGAAAAAUUGCGGUUCAGAGCUUUCGUUUGUGCCUGCCUCAAGUUCAUCAUGCUCUAUCUUUGUUAUUCCUUUAGUCAACGAGCACUCCUUUUGUGGCUGAAUUCUCUGGUUAGCAAUGAGGCUUUGAUUAAGCGCUAUUACUGUGAGGGAGCCUUUAUUCGCCAGUGCCGCUCGGCUUUACAAGGCCUCUAUGCCGAUUUGACAACUCAUGUGGAACAGCUACUCAACUAUCCCUUCAACUUCGACCUUUCUUCUGAGGUUAAGCGACCAACGGGACAUGUGUAUACCACCGCACCGUUACAUGCUUCCAAAUCAGAUGCGCGAAAGGCGGAGUGCCCUAAGGGAAGUCAGGUAAUCCAAGAUACCUUCGGGCGGGCAAGUUCUACACCAGCAUGCACCACGAAAAUAAGUCCAAAGUCGGCUCCUAGUGGAGUUCGUCCUUCUUCUAUUGCCAAAACGACUGACACUAAGAUGGUUCGACCCCGUGUACAACCCACAUCCCGCCGACCACCUGCCACCUCGAAUAACCAGAAUUCUGCAGAAAGUGGCAGCCCUCCGCCAGCAGGACCACCCAAGCCGGUUUCCCUUUCCUCCCCUUCUGCUUCAAUUAUGCGUGGGAAACUGAGGACAGCUUUUUCGACCUUCAGGCGGUCAACGGACAUUGCCCCCACUGCCACUGUCAAAAGCUCCCCUCUUGUAGCUCCUAAAUGCUCUCCUCCUCCUCCACCGCCGCCUCAUCGUGCGCCUGUUCUCUCCAACACUCAAACCAACCACGACACCACUUUGAUGCGUGUCCUUAAUCCACCUCCCUUCUAA